AUGGCUGAUACAGGCAUUUCCACCGGGUCUGGUAUCUCCCAGAACACUUACCUCGGUGCGGGGAUUGUCCUGUCCGUCGUCUCCAGCGGCUUCGUCACCGCUCGAAUGACCUCAAACUACUUGACAAAGUCUACCGGCCUUGACGAUGCCUUUGCGGUUCUUGCUGUGGCUUCCCUAGUCAUCAGUCUCGCCUUGACCUAUCGUCUCGUGGGAUACCUAUCGGAUCCGGCGGUAGAUAUCACCGGGCUUAUCACGAUGUCUCACGUCACGAACUGGUUCACCCCGAUCGCCAUGUGGAGCAGUAAAGUACCUGUCCUCCUUCUCUACGUCAGGCUGUUCGGCAUCAAGCGAUGGCUCCGAUACACCUGCUGGAUCUUGGUUGUUGUGACCGGUCUCAUUUUCACUGCGGGAGCAGCCUAUACCAGCGCCAUUUGCAACACAAAUGGCAAUCCCAUCACCCCCGUGUUCAUGUUGGAGUGCUCCAAUGCCGCCUCGCAUGCUGGCGUUGCUCUCGGAACAGUCGCCAUCGUUACCGACGUUAUCAUCUUCGUUCUCCCUCUCCCGAUCAUCGUAAAGCUGAAGAUGUCGGCGCGCAGGAAGGGGGGACUAUUUCUGGUCUUCUUCACUGGUUUGCUCCCAGGGGGUCCGGCUGACAAGAAACCCAGCGGAAUAAUUGCCAGCGCCAUUUCGACGUACUACAAGUACUCCUCCCUCAACGGAUCAUCUGUCGGCAUGACCAAUUCCAUGAUCACCACGCUUGUCGAGUGUACCGUUGCCAUCAUGGUUGGCUGCGUCCCGGCCAUCGCGUCCCUGGGAAUCCGACUCAAUAAAGAAGGAGGUUUGCUAUCGAGAUGGUCAGCAACGCUUUCACGAAGACUUCUGUCGAAAGACUCUCGCACAGGCGACCAGUCUAGGCAAUGGUCUCGCUCUGGGGCGGAGCAGCUGCGAGACAGCACCGACAAGAUCAAUUCCUCGAACCAGUGGGACGAGAUUAACUCCAUGCCGGGAUCAAGAGACCAUACCUCUGAUAUUCCCCUCUCACAUGUCCGCGGGCCUAAAAUGGCAUCAAGGGGCUGA